AUGUCGGACUCGAUCAAUUUUCACAAUGCGAGCAGCGAGGAUAUUCUCUCGCUGAACAAGAUCCGCGCCACGCUGCAGCGCAUGGAGGACACGAUCGUGUUCCGCCUUAUUGAGCGCACGCAGUUUGCGCACAACAAACGCAUGUACGAGGACGGCGCGUUCCCCGAGCUCAAGGACAAGGAGAACUGGAGCGGCUCGUGGCUCGCGUGGCUCCUGAAAGAGACCGAAAGUAGUCAUGCCAAGCUCGGCCGCUGGACUGCCCCCGAUGAAUACGCGUUCACCGACGUGAGCACGAUGCCGAAGCCGAUCUUGACGCCGGUCGACUACCCCGACCUCUUGCAUCCCCACCACGUCAACGUGUCGAAGGACGUGCUAAAGUUCUACACGGAAGAGAUUGUGCCCCGCAUCACGCUGCGUGAGGGCGGUAUCGACGACGACCGGCAGUACGGCUCGAGUGCGAUCGGCGACGUCGAGGCGCUCAGCGCGAUCAACCGCCGCAUCCACUUUGGCAUGUUUGUGUCCGAGAGCAAGUUCCGCGACGACCCGGCUGCGUUCAUUCCCCACAUCCACUCGCGCAACCGCGAGGCGCUGGCUGGCCUGAUUACCAAGCCCGCUGUCGAAGCGGUGCUGCUGAAACGCGUCGCACAAAAGGCAGAGAUCUACGGCCAGGACCUCGACCAGGCCGCGCCCGAGCACAACAAGGAGAAGGUACGCAAGAUCCAGACGGCCGAGGUCGUGCGGCUCUAUCAAGAGUUUAUUAUUCCCAUGACCAAGGAGGUCGAGGUCGACUAUCUUCUCGAGCGCCUCGACGGCCUAUCGCCGGAGCAGGUGAAUGCUCUGGCCUCAAAGAAUGGAACGGCAUAG